UGUGUGUGUGUGUGUGUGACAGAGAGAGAGAGAGAGUGUUGCAUUAGUGCAGUGGACACUGACACUGGCCUGUUUUAUUAUAAUAGCUGGUGUGUGAUGUAAAUGUCUGUCAUUUUGCAGUGCGACAAACACAACAGACUUAAUCCGUCUGUUAUUACCACACACACACACACAGACACACACUUGGUGGUGCGUCUUCAUGACUCAGACGUCAGUCCAUUUUUCCCUUUUGUUCCAGUCACACGUCUCUGCAUCAAGAUGAUGGACGAAGAAUCCACCAAACGCUACGUCAGAGAUGGUGAAGAGUCACUGCAGAAGAAACUAGUCCAGCGAGGGAGUAAAGUUCAGAGUAGUGAGGAGGAGAGGGAGAUUGCUGUGCUGCCACACAGAAGAACUUCAGAUGAUCUCAACGACACCAAUGAGAUGGGAGCCUCACACUCCUCCUCCUGCUGUUCGUCUUGCAUCAGUCUGAAGGACAAAUGUCCUCGUCCUCGGGGACUCUUCAGCCUCGUCAUCACCAAAGUGUGCCUGUUCGCCCUGCUCUUCGGCGUGGUCUGGUCCAUCACAGGAAGUGAGUGUUUACCUGGAGGAAACCUGUUUGGCAUCGUCAUCCUCUUCAUCUGCUCUGUCCUCGGGGGGAAACUAGUGGGAAUGAUCCAACUGCCCACUCUGCCUCCCUUCCCUCCGUUGCUUGGUAUGCUGCUGGCCGGACUGCUGUUGCGUAAUGUUCCCUACAUCACCGACGCCAUCUUUAUUGACACACACUGGUCUGCAGCUCUGAGGAACAUCGCCCUGUCCAUCAUUUUGACCAGAGCUGGACUGGGCCUGGACCCCUCGGCAUUGCGUCGUCUGAAGGCGGUAUGUGUCCGGGUUGCAGUGGGACCCUGUACGGUGGAGGCCUGUGUUGUUGCUGUGGUCUCUCACUUCCUCCUGGGUCUCCCCUGGGUGUGGGGCUUCAUACUGGGUUUCGUCCUGGCUGCUGUCUCUCCAGCCGUUGUGGUUCCUUCGAUGCUGCUUCUGCAGAAAGAAGGCUACGGAGUGGAGAAGGGAAUCCCCACUCUGCUGAUGGCUGCUGGGAGUUUUGAUGAUGUUUUGGCCAUAACAGGAUUCUCUACAUGCCUGGGAAUCGCCUUCUCUACAGGUUCAACUUGGAUGAACAUUCUAAAGGGUCUGCUGGAGGUGGUGGGAGGGAUCAUUGCAGGGCUGAUCCUGGGUCUGUUUUUGUGCUUGUUUCCAAGCAAAGACCAGGAGGACCUGGUUUUGAAGAGAACUCUCAUGUUAUUGGGUCUGGCCAUUUUCUCCGUCUUCUUCAGUCAUGUUGUUGGUUUUGCUGGUGCUGGCGGUCUCUCUACACUGGUCCUGGCCUUCCUGGCAGCUCUAGGCUGGAAAACUGACAAGGCCCCGGUGGCAGCUAUGGUUGGUCGAUCCUGGGAUGUCUUCCAGCCUCUCUUGUUUGGUCUGAUCGGAGCAGAGAUCACCAUCGCAGCCCUGAGCCCCAACACCGUGGGACUAGGCCUGGCCUGUAUCUUCAUCGGCCUGGUGAUCCGUCUGAUUGUUACCUUCGUGUUGGUACAUUUUGGGGGAUUCAACCUAAAGGAGAAACUCUUCAUUGCUGUGGCCUGGCUGCCUAAAGCCACUGUUCAGGCUGCUAUUGGUUCCAAAGCUCUGGACAUGGCGAGGGAGGUAGGGGACGAGACUAUGAUAAAAUUUGGUCUGGAUGUGCUAACGUUAGCCGUGUUAGCCAUCCUGACCACAGCUCCUAUUGGAGCCCUAGGUAUUGGCCUUGCAGGACCACGCCUCUUGGAGCAGCAAGUCAAAGAUGAAACAGAAGGUGAAGCAACAACUUCAACUUGCAACGGGGUUGUUCAAGAAAAGGACUAUGGAACCCUGGAGAGCAAACUAUAAGUCUUCUAAUAACAGAUCUAUGUAAAAUACAUAUAUUUUAUUAAGGUUUUCAUUUCUCUCCAGGGCUAUAUUAAUUUGUAUCUAACUAUUCCAUAGAUUAGUGUAUAUUUUGGCCUUUGACAUGAAUCACAUACAGUAUAUGCUUGUUGUAUGUUACAUUUGUGCUGUGAUAAGCUUGUGUUAGGUGAAUGCUAACUUAUAGUAACGUAUGCUGCACUUUUUGGGAAGCUACAUCUGUGUUGUGCUGAAAUUCAACUAUUUUAUAACCUUUUUCACUUCUUUAAGUUUUACUUUGUCUUUUAUAAAUUUUUAUUUGCUGGGAGAUACCAUAUGUACCGUUAAAUCUUUGCUGUACUAAAGGAGACAUUACCUUUUAAAGACAUUAAAAUAGCUUUAAUAAUAUAAAAUAACUUUGAAUUUGAUUUUUUAAGGCACUUAUGUUGGCUUUUACCCAUGUUAAAAUGACCUCUUUCCAUACCUGUACUAUUGUUGUUUUUUUCCUGUUUGUUUUU